UCGUCUGCGCAUACUCGAAAGAAAAUGGCCGGUGAGAGUGACGCUCGGGGUUGUAGGCUGAACGUUGUGGCAGUCAGCCACGGGUUUAAGACGUUAGCUUUGGGGCUGCCUUGUUUGGGGUAAGUGGUAGCUCCGGCUUCCCACUGAGUUCUUGUGUCGCUUACUUGUCCAGAGCGGUCGUAGUGUGUACGGCCUGUUAGGUGUAAAGUCAUUGUUUUCCUUGGUUACAGGAUUGUUGCGCCUUACGUAGUUUGGGUCUCCCUCUAUCGCUUUCUCCCUCGUAUUACCCAUUUGAGCCAAGAGUAAUUUCUGGAGUCUGCUUUCAGUGGGAAAGUUUAUUCUGGGACCGCGCGAGUGGUCUUUUCCUUACCUUGAUUGACCUAGACCGCUUGACCUAGACAUACAGUUGGCUUUUGGGGGGAUAACGCCCCGUCAAAGGUGUGGUUUCCCACUAUGGUCCAGCUCCAUUGUCUUCCACAGAAUUACUCAUACUCCUGGGCCUGGUGUCUUUCUUUGUCUAUUAUUCUGUUUUAUAUUAAGAAGGAUUACCGAUAAUUGGCCAAGCGACACUUUCCAUCGACGUUUUCUCCUACUCUCAGUUUCGGCACUUCCACUGUGUUGAUUUUGCAGCUGUUGUUCCUGUUGUGUGUGUAUUGAAAGUGUGUUUUCCCUGAAACAUUUGCUUUCAAGAUGUUUCCUUCUGGAUAUCCAGGAUUGGAUGCUGUUUCAUAUGAAAAUAGAUGGUACAUGUCUCAAUGAUUGUUAUAAGCAUGACUAUUCAGUGUGUUUUAUGAAACCAUCCUUAUGUACAUAAUAUAAACUUUAACAGAUGUCAAUGGGCCUAAGUAUGCAGUGUUCAACUAAAACAAUAGCAUGAUAAAGACACAUUCUGUUAUGGGAUGUUUUUGUACUUUUUUGGUUUAGUUGUGUGUUUUGAAAACGUAUGUAAUACUUGUCAUUCUCUCAGAGUGGCAUUGAACAUAACAUCUAGCUAUGCAUGACUCACUGAAGCCAAUGUCUAAACAAACCCAUUGCCUAGAAAAUACACCUCCUAAAUGCAAGCAUUCUUUUUGUAUGUUAUGUGUGGUGCCUUGGAAGCAUUAAUUUUAGUUACAAGAGAAUGGCACAAAGAUAAGGGCAACAAAUUCUUAUGUGCCCUAUUGUCAGCAACUUGACUUCUUUUUUAUAGAAUAGUUUGUAUCUCAAUGAACAAUAAAAUAAUUUGAUUAGGUACACAUCUUUUCUAUUGCUAAAAUGCAUGGACAACCCAAAAUGUGAAAUGCUAUAAUGGUCACUGGGACAUACACUUGCAUUUUUAAUUGUUUACUGUACAGAUUAUUUCCUUCCUCUGAAGCAUUUUUUUCUAGAGACAUUGCUGAUUACAGUACUGAAUAUGGAAUAAUGGAGAUUAUCAUUGCCAAAAUGUAAUAAAAAGUUAUUAAGAGCAAGUGCUUGACUUUUAGAGGAGUGGUUGGUGAGUUCAGAAGCAUCGGAGUUCUUAAUAUUGCUAAUACUCUUUAGCCUUCUAUUGAGUAAUUUGGGUGUAACUAAUUAGAUUCACCCCUGUUCUUAAUCUUUUCUGCUUUUGGCAAAAGGGUGCUGCUCUAGUCUAUAGCUUAAUAUGUGGGGAUGUGGUGUAUUUUACUUUGGUAUCUGACACUGGACUUGAAAAACUUAAAUUUUCCUAUGCAGGCUCCUCUGAUAUUAAUUUGUACUGAAUUCUGCUUAACUUUUUCUCAUUGACAGACUUUUAAGAAGUGACUUCUUAGGAUGUCAAAACAUCGAUGGGUUAUGUUGUAGACAGAGUUGGGCAAAUUGUGAUGUUCCAGAUGGUUUGUCAAAAAACAGGAAAGAAAAUAUUCUCAGCUGCCCCAGUAAGCCCAACAUGUUUAAGAAAGAGAUUUUCUUCCCUAGAGACUAAGUGUCUAUCUCUGUGUAUUCUGAAAAAUCUAAUUAAUACUUCCUCUGUUUCAAGCCACUGAUAAUUUCAUGAAGAGUGAUAUUUCUUUUUAAAAUAAAGAUCCUGGAGGGAAAUAAUUUAUGGACAACCCUCGUAAUUACCAGUAAUGUUAGUUCAGUUGCAUUUAGAUGCAUGUGUCUAUUUAGUAAUUAGUACAAAAAGUCUUUGGGGUAAGCAGAGGACCAAGCAACUGUAUUAUUUAUGCAGACCUAAACUUUUUUGGAGGAUAAGUCAUGCUUUUCCUCUUAGAGUAUUACACACAAGUAAGCCUUAUUGUAAAUGGACCAGGAACAAAACUUUGUGGUACCUCUAUUGUCGUGACUUUUUCCUUUACAAAGUUUCUAAACUUAGCACUUCUAAGGAAUUGACAAAAACAAGCAGUCGCAUGUCACGAUUUAAGAACACCCUAGAAUCUGUAUCAAAGGUUGUAUCUGGUACUCAUAGUGAACUGGUUUCACGGAUAGCUCGGCUAAGGCCACAUUCUAGUAUAUUGACUAAAUCAGUUGAAAAUGAUGGGAAGGAAAAUACUUUACUUAUAAACCAAGAAAAUGAUGGACAAGCCACAAACAGCAGAAGUUACGAAGACUUUGAUGAUAGUUUAGAUGACAAGAAAUCAGUUUCUGUUGGUGGAUCCCUGAAUCCCAGUGGCAUUAGCCAAGGCUCUUUGAAAGAUCUUACAGAUAUUAAGAACAGUCUUUUUCAUGUUAGUUAUUUUGCUACAAACUUUGGGGAAACCUACAGCUUUCUAGCCAAUCACAUUAACUGGUACUUUAACACUGGUGGAAUGGAUCAAGAGAAGAAGAAGAAUGCUUUGCCACCUAAGCCACCAAAUCAAGGAGAAGAAACACUAGAUUCAUCAGAAGAUGAUAUAUUAAGUGAUGAAAACAGAAUGAAUGCAGUAUCUGCUCUAAUACCUGCAGCACAGUCUCCAGAUGCUGAAAAAGCCAGUGCUAGUCCUCCAGCUCCUAGCAAAAAGAGCAUUGCAAGUUUUCUUUCUUAUCCUAGUAACAGUGUACAAGCCUUUGUGGAUAGUUACAUUGGUGGCCUGGUGCCCAAGUUACGAUCUGAUGCAAAAGCUACCUUGCAAGAAAAAAGUAAAGUACAAGAACAUGAGGAGAUGUCAAAAGAUGACAAGGAGACUAAGCGUGCAGAAGAGAAAGAAAAAAGAUUAUCUCUUCAAAGGGAAAAGAUUAUUGCAAAGGUGAGUAUAGAUAACAGAACCCGGGCAUUAGUUCAAGCAUUACGAAGAUCAUCUAACAGAAGAGUCUGUAUCAACAGGGUUGAGGAAUUGAUGUAUCAUCUCUUGGAAUUUCCAGACAGCAGAGGAGUUGCAGUUAAGGAAAAAAUCAUUCCAUGCUUGUUGCGGCUAAGACAGGCAAAUGAUGAAGCUCUGCAGGCUGUUGCUCGGGCGGCUUUGGCUGUAGUUGGAUAUACAGACCCUGUAAAAGGGUGGGGUAUUCGAAUACUCACGAUUGAUGGUGGGGGAACAAGGGGUUUAGUGGCACUUCAGACACUUCGUAAACUAGAAGAGCUCACUGGAAAGCCUAUUCAUCAUCUUUUUGAUUAUAUUUGCGGAGUGAGUACAGGUGCUAUAUUGGCAUUUAUGUUGGGGUUAUUUCAUAUCCCUCUGGAUGAGUGUGAAGAACUUUAUCGCAAAUUAGGAACUGAUGUGUUCAAGCAAAAUGUCAUUGUUGGGACAGUUAAAAUGGGCUGGAGUCAUGCAUUUUAUGAUAGUGAAAUGUGGGAGACUAUUCUUAAAGAGAGAAUGGGAUUAAAUAUUAUGAUUGAAACUGCCAGAAAUCCCAGAUGCCCCAAGGUGGCUGCAGUAAGCACCAUUGUAACCAGAGGGACCCCACUGAAAGCCUUUGUAUUUCGGAAUUACAAUCACUUUCCUGGAGUCAAGUCUCACUAUCUUGGAAGUUGCCAGUAUAAAUUAUGGCAGGCUAUCAGAGCAUCAUCUGCAGCUCCAGGUUAUUUCCAGGAAUAUGUAUUGGAUAAUGAACUUCAUCAGGAUGGAGGCCUGCUUUUAAAUAAUCCUACAGCUUUAGCAGUACAUGAGUGCAAGUGUCUUUGGCCAAAUGUGCCACUGCAAUGUGUGAUAUCUCUGGGAACUGGCCGAUAUGAAAAUGAAGGGAAAACCAGUGUCACCUAUACUAGUCUUAAAGCUAAACUGACUAAUGUCAUCAGCAGUGCCACUGAUACCGAAGAAGUCCACACUAUGUUGGAUGCCCUUUUACCUCCAGACACCUACUUCAGAUUUAAUCCUUUGAUGAAUGAAGACAUACCUUUGGAUGAGAAUCGUAAGGAAAAGCUUAAUCAGUUGCAAAUGGAUGGCAUCCAGUAUUUAGAACGAAAUGAAGAAAAACUGAAAAAGGCUGCCAAAAUAUUAAUACAGGAAAAAACAACUUUACAAAGAUUGAAUGACUGGAUGAAGUUAAAAGCUGACAUGUAUGAAGGGCUUCCGUUUCUUUCCAAAUUGUAAACAUGUUCUGUAUGAAAAGUCAUAGAUUUAAAACACGUUUCAUAGCCCAUUCUGUACUACAAGGGAUCAGAAUUUAUUAGUCAUGAUGUAAUUACUAUGGAUGUAAGACUAAGUGGAGAAGAAGCACUUCAGUCAGCAGUGGCACAUCCCUAGUUUCUUUAGCUGUGAAGAUCUUCUUUUGCAUGCAGGCUGCCAAUUUCUUCUUUUUUCUUGUCUUCCUUGCUCAGUCUUCCCCAGACCUGCUGUCUUGGGUUCCAUUGCCCAUCCCUUUAAACCAGUUCUCUGCAGAACAGAGGUGUGGGGAUUGUUAAGUCAAACAACUUUUUUUGGUGCAAAAGCAAAAUUGCAUGCCACUCAUGCAGUGGAAUUUUUGGAUUCAUAACUUUCCUUACAAUUUUUAAGGCAUUGGCUUAUUGUUUCUGAGCUUUCAAAAACUCACUUUAGUACUAAUUAAAAUAAAAUGGUUUUUUAAUCUGAAAUUCAUUACAAUCAAAAUGUGUAACAAUUAUGAGAGACACAUUUUGUUUUGAAAAAGCAUGUGAAAAAUCAUGUUGACAACCAUAAUGGGAUUACCCACUAUAUUAAUAUUUUGGGAAUAGGAAGAAGAACCAAGCCAGUUAGACAGCUUUCUCUCCAUGUACUUAAACCAAAAUGAAUAAAGCCAGUUCAGUCUGUUGAAAUUAAUGUAACUAAAUCUUAAAUCCACUGCUUGCUAGUCAGCUAAGUUGCAGAUGGCAUUGUACUGUAUUACAUACCUGCAGUACACUACAGACUCUUGGCACUGCCAUUAAAUGACAUCCCUUCAGUUUAAGAAAAAUGUAAUUUGCCUCAUGACAAGAUUUGUGUAUGUGAACAGAUUCUUAUUUUAAACUGUUGAAAUGUUUGUAUAAUGUGUAUUAUUCAGCCAUUUUACAUCAUACAGCAUUUGGCUGAUUACCACAUGAUCGACCAUAGAUGGUGUCUCUCCCCCCCACUCCAGAAUUUUUUAAAACUCUUUUCAGAAGUCUGUCCAGAGUAAUUCCCUGCUUCCUAAAAACUUGGUGUCCUAUAAGGAAGAAAAUAAACUUGUAAAAAUAUUA